AUGAAAUUAUGGCUCUUUUCCUGUCUGAUAGCUUGCUUCGUGGAGGUCUGGAUCCCCACUGUCCACACUCAAGGUACCUUUGAAGACUGCUGCCUGGGUUACCAAUCCAAGGCCAAAUGGUCUAUUCUCCAGCACGCCAGGUAUUACCAGCACCAGGAGGUGAGCGGAAGCUGCAAUCUACGCGCUGUGAUAUUCUACUUUCCCGAGAAAGGCAAGAUGGUGUGCGUGAAACCAUGGGACAAGGAUGUGCGGAAAGCGAUGAAGAUCCUGAAUGCCAGGAUCAAACGGAGACACAACCCACAGAAGCUCUCCCAAGCCUCUCAGGCUGAGAAGAAGAUGUUAAACCAUGGAAAGUCCAAGGUUAAGAACUCAAACAGCAGUAGUGGCAUGAGGAAUGCCUACCCAAGCCAUUCCAGCCUCCAGCAUCACUGAGAUCAGACAUCUCUAAUCCUGAUCCUGCAGGACUGAGUCUCUCAACUCUGGGAUCUCACAGCUUCAGACAGUCUGGAUCUCUGUCUG